AGGGCGCUGCAGUGACAGCAGCCACGAGUGGCGCUCAAGCCGGUAGUCAGCAGGCAGGCAGCUCCUCCCCAGAGCCGGAGAAGCGGCGCAACGCCCAGCAGGCAGUGGGCACUUUCACAAACUCUGCGCCGGCCCCUCCGCACCAGCGCAGUUACUGCGCGGAAAGAUCUGCGGAGGCGGAGGAGAGCGCGCCUGCGUGAAGAAGAGAGCGCCAGAGACUGAAGGAGCCGCCGAGGAAAGCGGCGGAGGUGAGGCGAAACUCACCGCGCGCCCCGCAGAGACUUUUCGGGGCUGUUGGGGGUGGAGAGGCCGGCGUGGCGGACGCCGCAGGAGGCGGGAGGCGGAAGCCCGCAGCCCGGAGUCGAGGCAGGCGCGGCCGGCUGGACCUCGGGCGCGGGACUCCCACGCACCCGGGCCGGGAGCUGCGGGAGGGCCCGUGGGCAAUGGCGGACCGGAGUCGGGGCAGCGAGGCGCUGCUCUGGUUCGCCUCCCCGGCCGAACAACGGGCUUGCUGAAGCGGAGCGAGACCGUCCCGGGACCGUCGCCUUCCUGCCCUCCGCCAAGCGGCGCCCCCCGUAGCCCAGGUGCGUGGAGGGCAACGGGGCUGGCGGGGCCAUGGAGAACCCGGCGGAAAACCCGAGCAAGGCUGCCGAGUACCUCAAGGAGCUCAACAAGAUCAUCGAGACGCAGCAGGAGCUGCUGGAGAAGCAGAAGCUGCGGAUUGACGAGCUCGAGCAGCAAGUGGCCAAGCUGUAUCACGAGAACGCCUGCCUGCGGGACGAGCACCAGCGGCACCUGGCCACAUGCAGCCUGCUCCUCCUGCAGCAGCAGCAACAGCAGCAGCAGGGAGCCCUUCCCGCGCCGCCGCGGGACGGCCAAGAGGACGCCAAGGAGGAAAAGUCUGAAGGAGACAGCUCAAGAAGCAUCAGGACCUCCUUGGAAACAAGAAGCAGUCUUUCAACUGAUCCAUUCAGCGUUGAGGGUGAAGCUCCUGGAAGUGAAACUGGCACAUCACUGGACAGCCCAUCUGCUUAUCAUCAAGGAACUAUAACUCACAGUUCAGCGCUAAGCCCAGACCAUUACGAUCAUUCUCCAUACGGGCUAUAUUCUAUCUCUCCUGGGCAGCAAAGGCCCCGGAGACCCAAGCUUCAGCAUUCAACAUCCAUUCUGAGAAAACAAGCAGAAGAAGAAGCUAUUAAAAGGUCAAGGUCACUUUCAGAGAGCUAUGAACUCUCUUCUGAUUUGCAGGAUAAGCAGGUUGAAAUGCUAGAACGGAAAUAUGGAGGCCGUCUCAUAACUAGACAUGCUGCCCGUACUAUACAGACUGCUUUUCGCCAGUAUCAGAUGAACAAAAACUUUGAGCGGCUUAGAAGUUCUAUGUCUGAAAAUCGUAUGUCAAGACGCAUCGUGCUGUCCAAUAUGAGAAUGCAGUUUUCGUUUGAAGGACCUGAAAAAGUCCACAGUUCCUAUUUUGAGGGGAAGCAAGUUUCUGUUACAAAUGAUGGGUCAAAGCUAGGGGCCCUUGUCCAAUCUGAAUGUAGCGACCUUGGUGAAUCAGCUACAAUGAAAUCUCCAGCAGCAUCUACUGACUUUGCUGAUGCCAUAACGGAACUAGAGGAUGCUUUUUCAAGACAAGUGAAAUCUCUUGCAGAGUCAAUUGAUGAUGCCCUGAAUUGUCGUAGCCUACACUCUGAUGAGGUACAGAUACCUGAUCAGGUCAGAAGUCGUGAAAUAGAGAGGGACAGUUGUCAAGUUAAACCAACAAGCCAUAAUGUUGAUCAUAGAAAACUUGAUGAAAUGACUGCAUCAUAUAGUGAUGUUACAUUAUACAUUGAUGAAGAAGAACUAUCCCCACCAUUGCCUCUUUCUCAACCUGUGGAUAGACCAUCUAGCACAGAAUCUGAUGUGAGGCUUCGGUCAAUAAACCCAUCGCAAGAGUACUGGUCUAUGACUCAUAAAGAUCAUAAGAUAGACACUGACACAAGCUGCAGGAGUACCCCUUCACUAGAAUCCCAGGAGCAAAGGAUGAGAAUGGAUCAUCUGCCUUUAUUAACUAUAGAACCUCCAAGUGACAGCUCAGUGGACUUAAGUGAUCGUUCAGAGAGAGGAUCAUUGAAGAGACAGAAUGCAUAUGAUAGAGGAAUUACUAGUCAGCAGGGUAGUCCAAAACACAUCUCACAUGGUAUCCCAACCAAGAUAAUAUCCCGAGAGGAACAGGAAACUAGACACAGGCCAAGGCCUAUUGAUAGCCACUUAGCUAUUAAUGGCACAGCAAAUAGGCAGAGCAAAUCUGAGUCUGAUUACUCUGAUGGUGACAAUGACAGCAUUAACAGCACUUCCAAUUCCAAUGACACAAUAAACUGCAGCUCAGAAUCUUCGUCUCGAGACAGCCUAAGGGAACAAACUUUGAGCAAGCAGACAUACCACAAAGAGACUCGCAAUAGCUGGGAUUCCCCUGCUUUCAGUAAUGACAUCAUCAGGAAGCGCCACUACAGAAUUGGACUGAACCUUUUUAAUAAAAAACCUGAAAAAGGAAUCCAGUACCUGAUUGAAAGAGGCUUUGUGCCAGAUACACCUGUUGGAGUUGCCCAUUUUCUUCUCCAGAGAAAAGGACUCAGCAGGCAGAUGAUUGGAGAGUUUCUUGGCAAUCGACAAAAGCAAUUUAACCGGGAUGUAUUAGACUGUGUAGUGGAUGAAAUGGACUUCUCUGCCAUGGAACUGGAUGAAGCACUCAGGAAAUUUCAAGCUCAUAUCCGUGUCCAAGGAGAGGCUCAGAAAGUAGAACGACUGAUUGAAGCUUUUAGCCAGAGAUACUGCAUUUGCAAUCCAGGCGUUGUGAGACAGUUCAGAAAUCCUGAUACCAUCUUUAUCCUGGCUUUUGCAAUCAUAUUAUUAAACACAGACAUGUAUAGUCCGAAUGUGAAACCAGAACGCAAAAUGAAGCUAGAAGAUUUUGUCAAGAAUCUAAGAGGUGUUGAUGAUGGCGAAGAUAUCCCGCGAGAAAUGCUUAUAGGAAUUUAUGAGAGAAUUCGAAAGCGGGAACUCAAGACAAAUGAGGAUCAUGUAUCUCAGGUGCAAAAGGUUGAAAAACUCAUUGUAGGAAAGAAACCGAUUGGAUCUCUACAUCAUGGACUUGGUUGUGUUCUCUCUCUACCACAUCGAAGAUUGGUUUGCUACUGUAGACUGUUCGAAGUUCCAGAUCCAAAUAAACCUCAGAAGCUUGGAUUACACCAGCGAGAAAUAUUUUUAUUUAAUGAUCUCCUUGUGGUUACCAAGAUCUUCCAGAAGAAAAAGAAUUCAGUCACCUACAGUUUUCGUCAGUCAUUUUCUCUCUAUGGAAUGCAGGUCCUCCUUUUUGAGAAUCAGUAUUAUCCAAAUGGCAUACGGCUCACAUCAGCUGUUCCAGGAGCAGAUAUAAAAGUUCUGAUAAAUUUCAAUGCACCAAAUCCUCAGGAUAGAAAAAAAUUUACAGAUGAUCUAAGGGAAUCUAUUGCAGAGGUGCAAGAGAUGGAAAAGCACAGAAUAGAGUCUGAGUUGGAAAAGCAGAAAGGUGUAGUGCGACCAAGUAUGUCUCAGUGUUCUAGCCUAAAAAAGGAGUCGGGCAAUGGAACGUUGAACCGAGCCUGCCUUGAUGACAGCUAUGCCUCAGGAGAGGGGCUUAAAAGGAGUGCACUCAGUAGCUCUCUUAGAGAUCUCUCUGAAGCAGGCAAGCGUGGGCGUCGCAGCAGUGCAGGAUCGCUAGACAGCAAUAUGGAAGGGUCCAUCAUUAGCAGUCCUCAUAUGCGCCGAAGAGCUACAUCAACCCGAGAGUGUCCAUCUCGCCCUCACCAGACUAUGCCUAAUUCUUCCUCACUACUAGGGUCCUUAUUUGGUAGUAAAAGGGGGAAACCUUCCCAAGGCCAUCUAGCACCUGGCCCGUCACAGCAGCCUCAGCACCCCCCCAUAAUUUCACAUCAGCAACACUCCCAGCAUUCUUCUGCAAUGCACCACUCAGGGUCAGUUGAAGGGCAGACCCAAGCACAAGUGCACACCCACCAUUCUCAGUAUUGUCAUAUGCAGAAUCCACCCCCUUAUCAUCACCACCACCACUAUCACCCACCCCAGCAUAUCCAGCACCCACACCAGUACCAUCACGUACCACAUUCCCAGCACAUAGUGCAUUCCCAGCAUUCCUAUAUGCCACACUCCCACUCACAGCAUUCCCAUGCUUCACAUCCACCAUUGCCCCCUCAUCACCCUGCACACUCUUCCCAUACUUCACAUCACCAUGGUCAGCCAGUUCCCCCUUCUACUUCAGCCAGCACUAAGUCCAAACACAGUGGCAUCAGCACAAUAGUCUAGAACCAAACUACCCUGCCAGUAACUGUAGCUCUAGACGUAACUGUAAAGGCACUUAGAGGAAGCAGAAGCAGCCUAUAAAACUGGAUUUUUCUUUUUUUAAAAAAAUCCAAGCCAGAAGAAACUUAUUUGACUCCUUUGGCCUUAAGGAUUCAAUAGAACAAUUUAUAGUAGCCUGAUCAAUGCUGGUCUUAUGGUUGAGCUCGGUGGUAACCUUCUCCCUCCUUUUCUCCAGUAGCCUUGAAAAAUAUGCUGCUUGCUGAAAACGUUAAGCUACCUUUUUUUCAUCCCUGUGACAAUUUUAAAUGCAUAAUGAAAAUAUAACCAACUCAAAAUAAAAGAAAAAAAAUGAAAUAGAAUAAAGUGUUGCAUUCUUGCUCCUUAAUUGUCAAUGGGCAAAAACAGUAGACCUCAUAUGGUUGAUGAAAAUACGUAAGUAAACUUUAUAUAAUAUAAAUAUAUAAAUAUAUACAUAUAUAUAUAUACUGUAUAGUUAAUGUUUAUGCUUAGAAGAAAACUUUUGCAAAGUUCACAAGCUAGCAAUAUAUACUUUACCAGGAAUUCCACUUACUGAUAGAAAGACAGUAUAAUAGAUGAACAGUGUAAGAAAAUGUAGACCAAAAACUAUAACAAAUUCCAGGCAUUUCAGUGUUCUCAUUAAAAAGUUCUCUGGACUUGGAAAUAAAUCUCUAAGCAAUCACUGCAAAACGUGCCAAGUACCAUAGCAUUUAGCUGCUGUAGUCCAAUAUUGCUUUGUAUAAAUCUUUAUUUUAUUAACAUGAUAAUAUACUUAGUCAGUAAUGUAACUACUCAGCUAUUUCAAGUAAGCAAACUCUAGUUAAGAUGCAGUAACUAUACAGUAGCAACUUGAGGCAACUUUACUUGUGGUUGCCUCUAAAUUUUGGUUACUCGAAAUCUUAGACACUUUAAAGGCUGUGAUAACUGUGAAUUUACACGAUCCACAUUUCUUUUAUAUUCACAUAUAUUUUAAUAAAAUACACAUGAAGAAUUAAGUGAAAAGUACUUGCAUACUCCACCUAAACAUUCAUCUCAGACCUUAAAAUAAUACAUCCAUCCUUCUCAGCUACAUUGCCUCUUUAACAUAACUUCCUCUGUUUAACCCAAUUAAAACACUGCAGUUCAGAUUUUUUUAGUGCUCUGAAACUUGAAGGUUUAUUUUAGUAUUGAGUAUAGAUUUUUAUAACUGUAAUUCCAUGUAGGCAUGUGCUGGUGGCAGGAUUUCUUCACCAUUAUUCUCAUCACAUGUGUUAGUUUUACCCAGCACUCAGCAGGCUGAGUCUAUGCUCAAACUGUCAUAGUCCAGUUAGUCGCAAGAUGUCACGUAAACUCCAACUGUGCUGUUGUUGCUUAUGUGUUGUACCCGAGUCAUUUGCAAGUCCGUAUGAGUUUUUUUUAAUUCCCAAAAUCUAUUUUCUAAAAAAAAAAAUUAUACAUGGAGCAUACUUUGUAGUUUCAGCAUUUUGAACCACAUCAGUCACAAGGACUGUACACCUAAAUGGCAGAAACAAAAGGAACCGCAGAACUGCACCAGCUGAAUUGUGGACAUGGCUUAAAAGAAGAAGGAAAAAGUUCCAGUGAGAGAUGGGUAAAACUACAAAUUGACUGUUGCUUCUGAAUGUAAACAUGAUGUGUGAAGAUGACUUUACUCUUCUGGAUUAUUCCUAGCACCUCCGGCUUAGUUUUUCUUCCCCCACCCCCCUCCUUCAUUCUAUGAAUUAUACCAUGAGUACCAGCAAAACUAUAAACUAAGUAUUUUUGUUAAUUUCUAUAAAGCAAAAACAACCACCUAGAGUUUAGUCUGUUUAAAUGUGUCCUCUAUUUUUCACAUGUGCAAUACUUUUUCUGUUUGGUUUCUAUAAAUUAAUUUCACAUUAAUUGAAAGUAAAUCUUAAUGAUCAUACAGGCUGUUCUAAACUGUGCAGCUUUCCUUAUGAGGGCUAAUCUCAGCCCCCUGAGGCUCUGUUCCUUGCAGUUAAAAAAUCUUGUUCUUCUAAGGGAUAGUAGAACUGUCUGCAUGUCAUCUAAUGUUGAUACUGUUGAGGCUACACUCUAUGUAUUGUAUAUUUGCAAAUAUAUCAGUGUUACUAUUGAUAUUAGUUGAAGUAAAGUGAUAACAUAUUUAAAUAUGUAAGCUUUUCUUCAGACCUUUGUACCAAUAGCAGAGUCUAACUGUAAUUUAUAAGUUGUUCCAGAAAAGAUAAGACAGGGUGUGGGCAUUUUUUUCCUUCUUUAUUUUGCAUUAAAUAUGCUGUACAUCAAGCUGAAAGCCACAUGCACUGGAUAGUCAGGUUAUUUUGUAUUUAACACAUUUAUAUCUGCAGCACACACACACACACACACACACACACACACACACACACACACAACCUAUUUAUACCAGGGGUCUGCAACCUGCGGGGCUGAUGGGAUUUGUAGUCCAUCAACAGCUGGAGAGCCGCAAGUUGCAGGCCCCUGAUUUAUACUGUUUAUUUGGAUAGCAUACAGAAAUCCAUGGGAGAUUUUGUGCUGUUAUUACAUCACACAUGCUUACAUCAGAUAUUUACACUUGUACUUUGAUGCAACGUAUUCAUAUACUAAGACUCAAAUUGGGUUGAGAAGCCUGUCUUCCUGUAUAUAUAUGGGGAACAUAUAAGAGCAAUCCAAACAUAUCUAAGACUUUGUUCCUAGUUUUGCUAUAAUUAUUUUCAACUAUUACGUCCUGUUGUGAGCAUUCAGUUUCAGAAUUUCAUUGCUUCUUUAGGAGAACACUCUGAUGUUUCAGACUACGUUCUGGACAGCCAGCAAGAAAUGAAAGUGAUCAUUAUCAAUGUCUAUGCAUUGUUGGAAAAAAUACAUCUUCUAGCAUGGAACAAAAACAGAUAUUGAAUGGCUUUUGUUAGGAUUUAUUGAUUAAAAACCAGCACAAAGCACUAUUGAAUUAUGUGUCAGCCUUGUCAUUUAAUAGUGUGGCUAGUUGAAAGCAACACAAGCUACACUAUUAAAUCAAGGAAAGACUAAAAGACCUUGCAAACAUAUCUUUUCUGGGACAAUAGUUAAAUAUGUAUUUGUUUUAAUCCUUUUUAAGUUAAGAAUGAAAUGUACAACAAUGUAAAAAAAAAUAAUCCUAAUAUAAUGUACAUGUCUUGUAUUGCUAAAAAGAAGUCUUCAAGCAUAACAUUGUAGAAUGAUUUUCCCAUCAAGCACUGCAUGCAGCAGAAGCCUCUUGUUUCUUGAUUUAAAAAUGAGCUGAGGUACAGUCAGCAGCUAUUUAAACAAUGACUCUCUACAUGUUGACUUGCUGUUCCAUAUAAAGCUGUGCAUUUUCUGCAGUUAAGCAUGCGUUUUGCUGUUUUCGUUGUAAGAUAUCAUCACUUCUUGCCUGCAAAAUGAGUAACUGUGUAUAUAAUCCAAGGGGGGAGGGUGACCAAUAAUAAGUUAAAAAUUGAGGGAGGGAGAAGAGUAGGACCAAGUGGGGGAAUAGUUAAUUCUCUAAAUUGUACAUAGAGUGUAAAUUAGUAUUAAUACAAGUCUGCAGUCAAUUUCAGGUUGCAUAUAGUACCUGUCCCCUGCUAGGAACUUAAUUCAAGCCUUGAGUUAUAUUAAACUGUUGUAAUUAGGUCUUGAAUGCAGACUGUUAAAAGACUUCAAGAAACAUCAUGCUCACAAGAAGCUUCUGUUCUGGGAGGCUCAAGACCCAUUUUGUAACUCUUGGGAAGAAAGAAGUGCUUUCAUUUUAAUAUGCAUUGUUUGUAAGUAGUAUCAGACCUUCCUUAUCGUGUAAAACUAUAACUGUGACUAUGUGAAAAUUCAAAUAAAUCACUUUGAACUCA